AGAGGGAGAGAGAGAGGGAGAGAGAGGGAGAGGGCAGUGAUCAGUAUGGUGUACGCCCUCUGUGUACUCGCCGUGGCCGCCGUCACCCUGAAGGUAGCGGCCUCUCUGGGACCUGUGGUCCGCUGUGAGCCGUGCGACUCCCGGGCGCUGGGGCAGUGCCGGCGGCUGGUGGGCGAGUGCGAGCCGGUGCGGGAGCCGGGCUGCGGCUGCUGCACCACCUGCGCCCUCCGCCAGGGGCAGCCGUGCGGCGUCUACACCGAGCGCUGUGCCUCGGGCCUCACCUGUCUGCCCCAGGCCGGCGAGACCAGACCCCUGCAGUCCCUGCUGGAGGGCAGGGGCGUCUGCACCAACGAGACGGCCAGACACCGCCUCCCCCUGAGCUCUGCAGGAAAUGUCAACAAUUCAGACGAAGAAAGGAAUGCCAGUAACUCUCGGAAUGAGUGGAGUCCCAACACACACCGAAUGCAGGACAGCAAACCUACUCACCCACAGCACAUUAAGCUGCUUCAGAAAGAAGCAUCAAGAAAGGCUCAGCUAUACAAGAUUAACAAUGAAGCCCAGAACACCGAAACCACCAACUUUUCAUCGGAAAUAAAACACGACACUGAAUAUGGUCCUUGUCGGAGAGAAAUGGAAGGCAUCCUAAACAACCUGAAAGCUGUAUCAUUUCUGAGCCCCAAAGGUGUAUACAUUCCAAAUUGUGACAAAAAUGGUUUCUACAAGAAAAAGCAGUGCCGACCAUCUAAAGGCAGAAGAAGAGGGAUCUGCUGGUGCGUGGAUAAAUAUGGCACUAGGCUGGGAAGCUAUGACAGGAACGGAGAGCUGCGCUGUUAUUUUUGAGUCCGUGAGGAAGACUGCAGCUCCUGUGGACUCUGUGUGAGAGACUGAUCAAUCAGAGACCUUGGAGCAGCCAGCAGAGGGCAUGGACUGCCUGUGUUCUAGAGCUGCGAGUUCUGCUGCCAGUUUAGGUUCGGAAAAGGGCUUCCUCCAGCCCUAAAGAUCCAGCUCUACUUUGCCACAUAUUCUUCCAGCUCCCUGAAAGGAUGGGACUUCUUAAUUCCCAAGAAAUCUGCACUAUAGUUCCCAAGAAAAAGGCACUUCAGAAAGGAAUCAGGGAAUCUCCACUUGACUAUUUAAGAACUGCCUGUGACCAAUUUGAUCCUGACAGACUUUGUGCUCUUUUAUGUUUAAAAAAAAUUAGUGUAUGAUCCUACAUAUUUUGAAAUGUCUUGUUCUGCAGGUCUGAAACAGGAACCUAGCCUUCACGGGUAAAUCUUUUUAUAAAGUUUAAAAGGACUUUGUUCUUUAUCAAAAAAAGCUUUCACGUUACUAAAAUGUCAUAUGGCUAUUUUUCCUUAAAUGAAAUGAAUAUUCUGUUAGAAUAUGUUCUGUAUUUAAUAUAAUUAUGUUUUUUAAUAAACAUUAUUUAAACUGAA